GGAUGGUGGGGCACUAGUUCAGCGCAUUCCAUGGGCACGUGGCUCAACAAACAAAUGUAUCUGCACGCAAUACACAGAGUAUAUCCCAAAGAAGUAUGGACAGGCAACAGUCGUGUUUGAUGGAUAUGAUGGUACAUCAACAAAGAGCACAGCACACCAAAAACGUGCAAGAGGGAAUGCUGGAUCAACGGUGACAUUUGAUGAAGAUAUGCAGGCUACAAUGAAGAACAAGACAAAUAAGCAGCACUUCAUCAACAUGCUCAGCACCAAACUAUGGGCAAAAAACUGCCAGACACAUCAUGCUGCAGGUGAUGCUGAUCUCCUCAUAGUGCAGAAAGCAGUGGAGUCUGCAGCCACCACUGAUACUGUGCUGAUCGGAGAUGACACAGAUCUACUCAUCCUGCUCAUCUACCACACCAACCUCGAGUCAUGUGACCAGUUCUUCCAACCCGAGCCAAAGAAGAAUGUGAAGAAACCGCGUGUCUGGAACAUGAAGUCUGUCAAACAGCAGUUAGGCCCCGAUGUAUCACAGCACAUUUUUGUCAUGCACGCUCUCCUGGGAUGCAUGUGAUACUACUUCCCGCGUGCAUGGCUUUGACAAGGGAGCUUCCCUUCACAAAUUCAAAACCUGUGCGCACUUCCGUUAACAAGCAAUUGUGUUUGACAGACCGACAGCGUCCACCGAUGAUGUUGUAGAUGGAAGCAGGAGAGAAAGCCUUGGCAUGCCUGUACAAUGGGAAGCCUGCAGAGUCACUCAACGUGGCGCGACAUAAGCGGUUCUGCUAGAAGGUCGCUUCCAGCAUUUCUCAUGUGCAACCCCAAAGUCUACCGCCCACAUCAGCAGCAGCGAAACACCACAGCCUUCGUGUCUACUACCAGGUCCGG